AUGGGGAGACCAAGGCUUAUCAUCCUCAUCAGACAUGCCCAGUCCGAGGGCAACAAGAAUCGCGACAUCCACCAGACCAUCCCCGACCACCGCGUCAAGCUCACGCCAGAAGGAUGGCAGCAGGCCUACGAUGCCGGUCGUCGUUUGCGAGCGCUGCUACGCGAGGAUGACACGCUGCACUUCUUCACGAGCCCAUACCGCCGGACGCGAGAGACCACCGAGGGCAUUCUGGCGACGCUGACCAGCGACGAUCCGGAGCCGAGCCCGUUCAAGCGAGACAAGAUCAAGGUGUACGAGGAGCCGCGCCUGCGCGAGCAGGACUUUGGCAAUUUCCAGCCGUGCAGCGCCGAAAUGGAGCGCAUGUGGCAAGAGCGCGCCGACUACGGCCACUUCUUCUACCGCAUCCCCAACGGCGAGAGCGCCGCCGAUGCCUACGACCGCAUCAGCGGCUUCAACGAGAGCCUGUGGCGGCAGUUUGGCGAGGACGAUUUUGCGAGCGUCUGCGUGCUGGUUACCCACGGCCUCAUGUCUCGCAUCUUUCUCAUGAAGUGGUACCAUUUCAGCGUUGAGUACUUUGAGGACCUGCGUAACGUCAACCACUGCGAGUUCCUCAUCAUGCGCCGCAAUGACGAAAACGGCAAGUACAUACUCGAGAACAAGCUGCGCACCUGGUCUGAGCUCAGGCGGGAGCGCGCGCGACAGCUGGCCGAGGGGAAGGGCGAUGAGGACGACAAGAGUAACGACCUCUCCACGCUCGCGCGCGCCGGCACGGCCGAGGUCCGGCGUCGUUGGGGCGGCUGUCCGAACGGCUGUAACCACGACAAGAACUUCAGGAUCCGCCAGGCGCUGGCCGACCUGGUCAAGAGCGACAGUAUCAUCUCUAACAAUGCGUCCGGCCCGGCCGUGAGCGAGGGCGGCACCGGCAGCGGCACCGGCAGCGGUACUAGCAGCACUAGCACCAGCACCGCCGUACCCAGCAGCAACGGGACCGCAGCCGGCUCAGCGUACGGCAUUACUAAUCCAUCAUUCAACGGCACGGCCAACAGCCAAACCAUUGUCAGCCGCAGACCAGCAGCCAAACGCUUCCAGUCUCAGGCCGCUGAUGACGCCGGGGACGGCUCCAGAGACAAGGCAGCUGGCCCGCAAAUUGAUGUGGACAGAGCCCGUGACGAGGUCGUUUCCAGCCCCGACGGCACACCGUCUUUCAUCUCGGUCGAUGAUCGCCUGCGCUCGCGCCUAAGGAGCCCCAACGUGCCUCCCCGUCCCCUCGGCAUCGAUAAUCAUCAUGUCGGGCGCGACUUUGGCGGCUCCUACAGCGGGCACAACAGCGCCGUGAGCGACGACGGCGACUCGGGAGACGACAGUGAUGGCCGCUCAGGCGCGAGAACCCUCGGCGUCCCCUCUUCCACCCUCCCGCACCGUCCCAAACAUGCCUAUCUCCAACACCAUCAUCAACAAAGGAGCCAGUCCCGUAUGGGCCGCGGGAUGCGCGCCAACCGGCUAGGCGAUCACAACAGCAGCGACGGGGAGCACGAGGCCGACUGCGAGCACGAUCCCGAGCACGACGACGACCACUCGUGUGGCGGCAGCGACGACGGCCCUGACAAGGGCUGCGCGGUGGACGAGAGCGGGUCGGCCGUGGUCGCCCAAGAGAUGGCGGACGAGGCCGACGAUGUUCUUGCGAGGGAGGAAAUCGAGGACCGGAGCAUCAGAGGGAGUGUCUAUUGA